AUGCUGGGCUGGUUAUCCCUCGCGCUUGUCUUGGCGACUAAUGUCGCUGCGUUACCCUCUCCACAAUCUCCACAAUUCAAAGAGCCAAGCGAUGCUCCGUCCCAGUGCCAGGCACGUGCCUGGGUGAGAGCACCUGACAUGGUUCCCGGCGAAGUUAUCGCAGGAGAUGUCAAGAUUAAACUCAGCGGGCCAUGCUCUGACGCAGAGAGCUAUACGCUAGGCUUGCGCUAUAAAGAAAAGGUAUUCUGGAAGUUGAGACAUCCCGACAGACGGGAAGAUGCGCCGAUUCCGAAAAUACCCAAAUUGCCGGUCUCGAACAGUGAUUUGUUCCGAGUCCGACCUUCUCAGAACUCCAGGAAUCCAGACUACAACGAAGCAGAAUGGAAGGCGUACGAGAACUCAGUUCAGAAUAAGGACCUGUGGUCUAUACAUGAGGAAGAACGGAUUGCCUUUGAAAUCAAGAGCCCUCUGAUCACAGAUCCAUUGUCGACAAACUUCACGACCCGAUUCGGAGUUCUGGUACCAAAUACAAACUACCCUCCAGGAUUAGACUGUCGUGGAGGUUUCAUGGCUCACGGGGGAGCGACUGAUAUGAUAUCCAGUGAAUCGAUUUAUGAGUACUUUGUCGAAAUCGGAUUUAGCAAUGGCACCAUUUCAGAGAUACCGGCGGGAAUGACGGCCUUCACCCCGUUCUACCUCUUGACGGAAAGCAGCCCACCUAGUGUUAACGUAUCUCUAUCUCUGGCACCCGCACGGCGCUCCGGUUCUAACAUGAAGCCAUCAGUAGACAGGUUGCGGAGCAACUACACGAUUGAAUUAUCUGUUCCUGAAGGAGCUCACGUUUAUCAAAACUCGUCCGUGAAUCUCACGGCCAUUGUUCAUCGGAUAGGAUACACGAAUCGGACAGACACUCCCGUAGAGCUGUGUGCGUUCUCGGCGAGUGGCAUUGAAUGGCAUUCUCAGGAGCUCCAGAACCGAUCAUGGUCAUUUCCACCGUCCAUCAAGGCGCUGGUCCCCUCCGUUGCUCCUGUGCGGUACUCACAAUUCUCUCAAAUCGUAAUCCCCAAUCCAGUCCCAUGCAGAGAGAUCAAAUUUGCGGCAACUCCUGCUCCCUUGACUCACGAAAGCCACAUUCUUUCCACGUCCUCCGAACCGCUUUCAUUAUCCCUCUACGUGAAUCGUGAUGCUGUUUCUGAUUUUUCAACGUACUAUCAGAAACUGGGACAUAGUGUAAAGCUGAAUCUCUAUGUCGCACCUGAUCCAUCAGAGCCAUGGGAUAAUGAAUUCGAGAAAAUCCAAUGGGAGAAACAGAUUGCGCAUGCAGGUGGGGAAGAAUUUGACUGGGUGCCCUGGAUGCCGCCAACACAGCCUCGUCGCCGAUUCCUUUCCGGCAACGCCAAUAUACUAUCAGUCAUUCCAAUGCAGGAGCAGGGACCUGCGCGAUCAACGCCAAUCCACUACCUGUCCGACAAAGCUCGCCAACCAGUAUUUGUCGAUUCGUCGGACAUCGCUGACCUUCGUCUGAUGUUGCCUGAGGAACGCGAUCUCAUUGCCCCACUUACGCAACCAUCUAUCAAGGUUUUUGCCAAGGGAGAAGAACUUCCACGCAGAUAUUUCACUGGCGGUGAUAUGCGGUACCCAAUAUACGUUGGAGAUACCUGGGUUAAGAAAGUAUUGCCUAUUACUGCUGAGGGUCAGCGCGAGAGAGAUGCUGUGGACCACUUGCUCGUUGUGCAGUCAUGA